AUGGAUCAACAUUCCGCCCCUGCGACCCUCGCGCGGGGUUUCAGGUGUCCUGACUAUGAGGCGCCCAAGACACCGGAACCUUUUUCUCAGGCGGAUGACGUCCACGUACCUUCGCCUCCAAGACCGCGCUUGAAGCUGAGAAGACGGGUUGUCUCUCAGCUCUCCGCCCCGACCCAGCAAUUUCUAGCAUCUGUCGCUGCGGCUGACGUUCCUAUACCGAGCAUCGAGGAGCCCGAGAUUGCGGCUGAUGACUACGAGAUGGAUAGCCGCUGCCCCUUUCCAGACUUCCGCUGCGAGGACGAGGGGGAUACGCAAUUCCUUCGGCCUCAUGGAAGGGGGUUGCCCCCGCCGAAAACGCCAGCGCCCGAACUUGAAGCGUCGGUACUGGCUUCGCGGUAUCCGAAUUGGACGAUCGACUCGGUCAGCAGCGCGGAGUCGACGCCAGAGCCUGAGUACGAAUCCAAUGAUGACCAAUACGAAGGUUUCGGGGACGAGGGAAAGGACAAGGACAAUUUCCCUGUCACCGUAUACGAGGACUCGCAGCCUCAACACCCGGCAGACCUCAAGGGAAAGGCGAGGAGAGCACCAUGGACAAAGGCUAUGAGCGACCACCUGUGGUCGACUUUGAUGCUCUAUCUCCAGGACCCUAAGGUCACUCCGUUUCGCAUGGGAAAGAGCUGUAUUCCGCCCCACGGCGUUUGUCUCCGGGUCGCCCGUGAGGCAAAGAGGAGUUGGAAAGGCUCCAAGGCUCUGUCCAAAGCUGUCACUUCCGGCGAGGGCCCUAAGAGCGGGAGCGCCACUCCAACUGCAGAAAGUUCGGGGACGUUCAUCCAGUGGCCGCAUACAUGUGCAGCUACCUGUGCGCAUCUCCGGGAACUGUGCAGGCUGAAAGCCAGCUCAGGCACCAGCAAUUACAAAUUUGCUCCACAAAACAUCACCCCAUUCCCUCAAGCGGCCGCCCGCCACUGGAACCGCUGCUCGACUCCUGCCCGUUCGCCAGCCCCCUUCGCCACACAAGAUAUAUCUCUAUCGCUCGCCAUGAGCACGGCCGAGAGCAUGCAGCCCAACGGUCCCUUGGCCCAGCUUGCCGCAUCGAAUCCAGAACCCGCAGAGCCAAGCGGCUCACCUCCCCUCGCAGGCCAAGCUCUCUGCACUUUUGACGGCGAACCAUCGUUUGCGGAGCGGCGCCGGCUGGGGUCUCCGUUCACCGCAAGCAGUUAUGGACCCAGUUCCUCGGGCUCUUUGGCGGCUGUCCUCGGCUUGACCGGCUCCCUACCUCGCAGACAAUCACAGACGGUUGGUCCACGGCGGACUCUACAGUCACCCGUCCGCCUUAGCAGGUCGGGCACCCAGAAGCGGCGGCACACACAAUCCGGUGCGCCACGCAAGCGGCCCAGCAUCGGCUCUGAUCUGUGGCUUGAUCCAAGCUUCAGCGCUGCAACAGCAGCAGGCGCGACCUCGGCAAGCGAAGCCACCGCAUGGGAAAACGACGACCUCUUCAUCCCCAGAGUCCCGCCUGUACCUGCACUCAACUCAUCAAUCAGCAUGCCGAAUGUCGGCGUACAACUCGGCCACUCGGCUCUUCUCCCCCCGCCGCGUCUCGGCUCCCCCUUUACUGGUGAGGCUUCUAGCUUCAGCUUUCCCCAUCGGGUGCACCGCAUGCACCAAGGCCGCAGCAUCGACCUCGGUGUUCUCGGCCGCCCCUUUGCGACAGUCCAGCAACUCCCAGCCGCACCGAGCUCGCCGCCACCGCGCAACAGCCUGGCCGACCGCCUGGCCUACAUCGACCAGCGCCUCAAGGAGCUCCGGCAACGGGAUGCAAUUACAAAUCGCCGUUCCGAGUCCCCCUUGUGA